AUGACUACUCAAGCAGCUUACCAGGCCGAAAAGAUCAUUGGCCACGGCGACAACGCCGUUACAGCGCAAGAUGUCACUUCAUACCGUGAGCCAGGUGCCGGCGAGUCUGGCGAGACCAUGAAGGCUCUCGCAUGGAUUGGCAAGAACAAAGUCCAAAUGGUCGACGCACCCAAGCCCAAGAUUCUUGAGGACCGCGAUGUGAUCCUCAAAGUAACAGGCAGCACCGUCUGCGGCUCAGACCUACAUCUCCUCCACGGCACAGUCGUGCAGCUCAGCGAGGGCGACAUCCUCGGGCAUGAGUUCUGCGGCGUGGUCGACCAGGUCGGGUCAGCGGUCAAGGGCAUAGACGUUGGGAAGCGCUACGUCGCAUCGUUCCAGAUUGCGUGUGGCGAUUGUUUCUUCUGCAAGCAGAAGCUCUCGUCGCAGUGUGAGAAGACGAACUCGAACACCACUGAGAGGGCGAUGUAUGGAGGGCGCACGGCGGGGAUGUUUGGGUAUUCGCAUUUCACGGGGGGGUUUGCGGGUGGGCAGGCGGAGUAUGUGCGUGUUCCGCUUGGGGAUGUGAAUCUUUUGGAGAUUCCCGAUGAUGUUCCCGAUGAGAAGGCGCUGUACUUGUCUGAUGUAUUGGCUACCUCCUACAACGCUGUCAAGGACACAGCCGUUUAUCCCAACGACUCGGUCGCCAUUUUCGGCGCUGGUCCAAUUGGUCAAAUGGCGGGUGUCUUUGCCAUCAAAGAGGGCGCGAGCCAGAUCAUCUUUGUCGACACAGAGCCACGCCUGUCGUUUAUUCGAGAUCGCUGGCCCGCUGAACACAAGGACAAGCUUGAGCUGGUAGACUACAAGCACUUGUCGCACGGCGUGACUAACAAGCCUACCGUCGUAAGCCGUCUCAAGGAACUCACUGGUAACCGUGGACCCGAUUGCGCGAUUGAGUGCGCGGCUGGUGAGUACGCCAAGGGCUGGAUGCACUGGCUCGAGAUGGCCGUUGGGAUUGAGACGGACACGAGUGAGAUUAUCAACGAGAUGAUUGAGGGCGUGCGAAACUAUGGACGAUGUGGUGUAACAGGUGUUUACGUGGGCUACACCAACCACUUCAACAUCGGCUCCCUCAUGGAGCGAGGCGUUCGUCUCAUCGGCAACGGGCAAGCGCCCGUUCACAAAUACUGGCAUGAGCUUCUUGAGAUGAUUCAAAAGGGCGAGCUUGAUCCGGCUCAGAUGCUGUCGCACCGUGUCAGACUGGAGGAUCUGGAUAAGGUGUACUACAAGUUUGAGAAGAGGGAGGAUGGGAUGCAGAAGAUAUUUGUUGAGACCAAGUUCUCGUUCCCUCAGGAUCCUAGCACGCCUAGUCUGACGACUUAUUGA